AUGACUGUCCUCUCUGCUGGACCAUCUGGCGGUGCAUCCGAUCUUCACCAUGUUGCUUAUACAGUCGACAUUCAUUUCAGGGGCCUCGGUCUCAAGUCGGAAGAGAUAAAACUAUCUAUUUGGAAGACCACAGAGAAGUGGUAUCUGGACACCGACAAAAAACUACCCAUCGACGAUCAACAUACACCUGACUCAGUUGCUAAACUCGUAAAUCGGUGGAUUGGGGCUUGUGAAGCAAACCAUUCCAUGUGUUUCAAGGAAGCUGUGCCACCCAAGACUGCAAGAAUGCCAGCUCGAUUGCUUGAUCUGGGAGGUAGCGUGUCGAAUACUUGGCCGAAUUACCAUAACUUCUUGGAUUACCAGCCCGACGACAUUCUGCCACAAACGUACAAAGAAAUCAUCGCUAUCUGCCGUUCUAUAGCUGUUCGAUACCUCUGGAUCGACUCUCUAUGCAUCAUACAAGACUACGGUGGUUUGGAAUUUCGCAAAAAAGCUCCAUUGAUGACGGAUAUCUAUCAAUAUGCUUUCCUAACAUUGACCAUAUUGUGGGAUUUCCCUGGCCUCAGUGUUUUUCGCAAGUGCCGGCCUCGUAGCAUACCUCGACACAAACCCGCCGCUUCCUACAAUCAACAAGACUCUACAUGUCAAACAGAUGAAUAUGUAUUUGUCGAGCACAGGGAUGCGUUAGAUUUACAAGUCGCCGUAGAUCUUGCACCACUCAAUAAGCGCGCUUGGGUCUUGCAAGAACGCUGUCUCUCAAGGCGUUUACUCUACCUCGGUAAUGAGCAGGUCUUUGAGAGUGUAAUGAAUGUACUGGCAGUGAGGUAUCUCCAACUGUGCAAUAUCCUGCAUCCAGAAGGACCAACACAGAGCGUCACUCUAUGGUUGACCUAUCAGGACUUGAUAGAGACACCCAUUGGAGUUGGGUCCUUUCGAGAUAUACUGGAUACGAUUUAA